AUGUCCCGCGAGCGUGACGGGCGCGGUGGUGAGGGAGGACGCGAGUCCAGGGGGGCUUACAGACCCGACGGCGUUUCGCUGCUCAUCAGGAACCUGCCGCUGGACGUGCGGCCGGAGGACGUGCGCCACAUGUUUGAGAAGUUUGGGGAGGUCAAAGACGUCUAUCUGCCCAGAGACUACUACAACCAGCGCCCCAAGGGGUUUGGGUUUAUCGAGUUCACAGACCCCCGCGACGCUGAGGAGGCGAUCCGCGACCUGGACGGCACGGUUGUCGGCGGCCGCCGCGUUGAGGUGGUGCGCUCUAAGCAGUCGCGCAAGACGCCCAGGGAGAUGCUUGACCUGGAAAAGCAGGGCGGGGAGGGCUCCAGGGGCGGCGGCGGCGGCUACGGCUCGCGCGGCGGUGGAGGCGGCGGCAGCGGCCGGGAUUACGAUCGCGGCCGCGACUACGACCGCGGGCGUGACUAUGACCGCGGCGGCGGUCGUGAUUAUGACCGCGACCGCGGCGGCGGCGGCGGCCGAGACUAUGACAGGCGGGACAGAGACCGCGAUUACGACAGGCGUGACCGUGGGGGCGGCGGCAGGGACUACGGUCGCCGCAGCCGCAGCCGGAGCCGCAGCCGCGACGGCGGGCGCGACCGCCGCGGCCGCAGCCCGCCCCCACGCAGCCGCGAGAGGAGCCCGCCGCCCCGCGGCGCGGAGCCGCGCGGCCGUGACAGGAGCCUGAGCGGCGGUCGCGGUCGGUCGCCGGAGCCGCGCGGCGAUGGGCCGCGCCGGGCCAGCCCUGAGGGGCGCAGCCCGCACAGGCACACCGACCGCGACCGCUCGCCCGCUGACGAGGGCCGGGCUGCUGCGCACGUCGCCGGUGGCGACGGCGGCGACGGGGACAGGGGUCGCGGCCGCCGCCGCGGAAGCAGCGGCAGCCCCGCGCGUAUGGACGACUGA